UGCAGUUAGGUCCCUAUUAAUAUCACCGGAAACAGCGUCUUCCGUUUCCUUCGCUACGCUCACUUCCCCUAUCCAUCGGCAUCAUCAUCUUCUUCCUCCAUCCCUCUCUCUCUCUCUCUACUGUACACGUUCACUUUCUCUCUCCUCUCUCUCUCUCUCUUCCCCAAUCAACGUAUAUUCUCCCUCUCCCUCUUUUCUCUGCAACUGUUUCGUUAAUGGACCUUCUCCGUCGCCUUCAACUCAACGCCGGCCUCUGAAGCUGAACUCGCCGUCAAACGCUCUUUCCUCUCAAUUCAAUGGCCGUUGAUUACGAAUGCUGCAGCACUAAUUUCUUCAUCCACAUACUCAUCAUCGCCUUCUUGGUCAUUUUUGCCGGCUUGAUGUCCGGCCUCACCCUCGGCCUUAUGUCGAUGAGCCUCGUUGAUCUCGAAGUUCUUGCCAAGUCUGGCACCCCCAAGGAUCGCAAGUACGCCGCAAAGAUAAUGCCAGUAGUAAAAAACCAGCAUUUAUUGCUGUGCACCCUACUGAUUUGCAAUGCAGCAGCCAUGGAGGCACUUCCUAUUUUCCUUGACAGUCUAGUUACAGCUUGGGGUGCUGUUUUAAUCUCGGUGACAUUGAUUCUUCUAUUUGGCGAGAUUAUACCACAAUCUGUUUGCUCUCGUUAUGGUUUGGCAAUUGGAUCAACAGUUGCUCCUUUUGUUCGUGUUCUUGUCUGGAUUUGCUUCCCUAUUGCAUAUCCAAUCAGCAAGUUACUAGACUUUCUACUGGGCCAUGGACAUGUGGCCCUUUUCCGUAGAGCUGAGCUCAAAGCACUUGUGAAUAUGCACGGUAAUGAGGCUGGAAAGGGUGGAGAGCUGACACAUGAUGAAACCACUAUCAUUGCUGGAGCACUUGAACUUACUGAGAAAACUGCUAGUGAUGCCAUGACUCCCAUAUCUGAAACUUUUGUAAUUGACAUUAAUGCAAAGCUCGAUAGGAAGUUAAUGAAUCUCGUUUUGGCGAAAGGGCAUAGCAGGGUGCCAGUUUAUUAUGAAGAACAAACCAACAUAAUCGGUCUUAUCCUGGUUAAAAAUUUGCUUACAAUCCACCCAGAUGAUGAAAUUCCAGUAAAGAAUGUUACCAUUCGAAGGAUUCCAAGAGUUCCAGAAACUUUGCCAUUAUAUGACAUUCUGAAUGAGUUCCAGAAAGGUCAUAGCCACAUGGCCAUUGUUGUUAAACAAUGCAACAAAAUGAAUGGAAAACCCGAUGAACAACCGGGCGACGAUUCCCAGAAAGAAGUUAGAAUUGAUGUGGAUGGUGAAAGGCCUUCACCUUCCCAAGAAAAAGCCAUGAAGAUUAAGACAUCAUUUAAGAAGUGUAAAAGCUUUCCCGCAAAUAGUUCAUUCAGGAGUGGUAGUUCUAGAAGCAAGAAAUGGACAAAAGAUAUGUACUCUGAUAUCCUAAAAAUAGAUGAAAACCCUCUCCCUAAGCUCGUCGAGGAAGAAGCUGUGGGUGUUAUAACAAUGGAAGAUGUCAUUGAAGAACUAUUACAGGAGGAGAUAUUUGAUGAGACUGAUCAUCAAACAGAGGACUCAUGAUAGUUGUUAGUCAAAGAAUGAAUGGUAUGUUCUAAAUUAUAUACGUACAUAGAAAAUAUUUGUUGAAUAUGUUGAGGCUCUUAAUAGAUGUUGGAACCCACGAAAUGGUAAAGCUAAGCUUUUGAGGGUUAAGGAGAGAAGUUUGUGUUCGUAUUAUACAACCAGAGAAUGAGUAUUUUAGAUGUUUAAGAGAUGAAAAGACAGUCUCAAAGUAAAUAGAAGAGAAAACUCAAAUUUUAGAAGCUUUUGAGGGUUAAAUUAGUGUAUGAGCUCGAUUCAACUUCGUUCUAAUUUAGUUUAUGCGGUUUUUAG